AUGACGCCAUUCCAGGGGCGGGAGAUGGUCAAAUACCUACCCCUGACCAGGGUCAUCAGAUCGUUUCAGAAAACGGUNGAAGUUGAUUCUAAAUGCAUCCACCGCUUCAACGGUGGAUAUCUCACGUACGACGCAGCGGUGGAUUACUGCCGCCAACAGUUCGGCAGGCUGCCUGUGAUAGAUGACUGCUCCACCUUCACUGAAGUUGCUACCUUUGUUGACGAUGGAUACUCGGCCGAGGCUAACAAAGGCUUCUGGUUGGGCGCGACUUACUCCUCCAGAGACGGCGUCUGGCGCUGGAGCGACGGUGCGGCCGUUCCAAUGGGCGCUCCGUACUGGGCGUUUAAUGCACCAGUGAAGGCGGGGAGAGAACCUUCAGGCGGUACUGGGUCCAACUGCGCCGUCAUCUACCCCGCUGGAAACUGGGCAGUUUUUGAUCAUCCAUGUGGAGCAACAAAUGCUAAUCCUAUUUGCUCGAGAACACCACUGCAUGGACAUUGUGGGCAACCAUUUGUACUGGUGGGCACGCAAUGCGUCCACGUCAUCCAGGCUGGAAGUACUUGGGCUGCCGCACGCACCCUGUGUGGACUGAUUGGUGGAGACUUGAUCAUUCUAGAUGACUGUCAUCAGUACCGCAAGGUCUACCUCUACCUAACCGAGAAAGGUUACAAACCGUAUGCAUUUUGGAUCGGUGGCUCAGAUCUCGCCGUCGAAGGGCAAUGGCGCUGGAUAGACGGUUCGCCGAUGGCUAUGGGUGUUCCCUACUGGGGCAUUGAAGGUGCAGGAGCUCUAGAACCAAACAACCCCGGAGUUGAGAACUGCAUGGAGCUCAGUUCUGCAUGGAUGUACCGCUUCUCCAACACGCUGUGCAACAACACGCGUCGGGUGGUGUGCGAGACCCAUCCCCUCUAGGGGAAAUAUUAAGAUGGGGGUCCCUUCUAGA